CUCGUCCGUGGCUGCUUUACUGCCUAUACACCGCUGCGCUCUUUUUCUCCGUACCUCUGUCACUGGCUGUUUGGUACAUCAGAAGGGAACUUAUCCAGGAGACAACAGUCGUCGGCGACACUCAGCUCGGUGGCCUCUCCAGUAGAUCCUCCGAGAACGUCGGUGUCGAUACCGCCGCCGUCAAGCGCGAGUUUGAAAUCCGCGUUGACCACUAAGAUGCACGUGGUGAUUAUCCACCCUGAGCAGUGGAAUGGGGGAUCGGAUCGGUGUACAGUAGCGUUAAUACGGCAUUUUGUGUCUAAGGGUUACAAGGUAACUUGGCUUACCACUAUGAUAGAUGAGUAUUGGAAAGAUCAUAAGUUUGAUGGUGUAGAUAUUCGAGAAGUUGGGUUGAAGCUGCAUCCAGGAGAUUGGUGGAGCCAAAACGUUGCUUUGGGUUGGUACCUCGUUCUGAACAACAUCAAACCUGAUUUAGUGGUUAUUGAUCAUUCAGCAAGUUGUGUACCUCUCAUCAAGUGGCGUUAUCCAAAGUGUAAAGUCCUGUUCUAUUGCCAUUUUCCCCAACAGCUCGUCACACCCUCCAGAUUCUUUCUUUACAGGUGGUACUCAAAUUUGAUUGGUCUUAUAGAAGAACAACUUUUCGAGCAUACAGAUGUCAUCAUGGUCAAUAGCCACUUUACAGCCACUCAGUUCAGUCGUGUCAUGCCACGCAUAGAAAAAAGUAAGAUUCGGGUCGUAUAUCCCCCAUGUGACGUCGACUCCAUCGUCAUUUCGGCUGAAAAACCGACGAGCCGUCGGGAUCGUCCGCAGAACGAUGUUUACAUUUUCAUGUCGAUGAACAGAUUCUGGCCAGAGAAAAGGCUCGACAUCAUCAUCGAAGCUGCCUCAUUGCUGAAAAAGCGCGGGUACAAAUUCCUGGUGCAAUUGGCUGGCUCCGUGAUGCCACACAUCCCAGAAAGUCGGAUAUAUUACGAAUUGCUGCAAAAGAUGACUAGAGAUCUUGACGUGACGGACGUGGUCCACUUUAUCCCCUCACCGUCCGAAUGCCGAAAAUUCGAGCUUUAUCGGCAAUGCGAUUCGGCCCUAUACACGCCACCGAACGAACAUUUUGGUAUCGUUCCCAUCGAGGCAUUGGAUCAACGUCGACCUGUAAUCGUUUGUGAUAGUGGCGGUCCAGCAGAAACAGUGAUAGAAGACGUCACGGGGAGCAAGAUUUUGAAACCGACGGGGGAAUUGCUGGCCGAGGCAAUGGUGCAUCACAUCAAAAAGCAGGAAUGGCCUGCCCUCGAUUGCGACGAGACCUACGAAAAACAACGUGCUCGCUUCGACAGAGAUUUCUCACUACGAGGCUUCUGUGCGCACAUCGACGAAGCAGUCGCGCAGCUGUUUCCCGAUCUGGCAGCGAUAUCGUCUCGGAAUCGCCGUGCGCUUGCUUAGCCGCCCGAAUCGUUCGCGAUGGCAGCUCUAUAUUGUUGUGCGAUACCGCGUCGGUCUCACCCGUACGUCGGCGUUGCCGCUGGCACCGUCAUCCCCUAAACCAUUUUUCUUCCGUAGC